AUGGAAUUGGCAGUUUGCUCCAUGAGUUCCAAAGACUGCAUGUUUCACAACUGUGAGAAAUCCCCUGGCAAAGAAAAGAUUGAAGACCAUCUACAACCUUACAUUACCACUGAUGAAUUGGAAUUCAAACAAUGGGUGAGUACAGAUAGAUGCACUCUUGUCACCAUGAAAAGAUCUGCAGAUGAGUUCAUGCAAACUCUGACUAAUGAUAUCUUCAACCUUACAAAGCAUCAUUACCUGUCUAAAAUACAAGCAGAAAAAUUUGAAUCAAUGAAGGAAGAAAUCACUGGAAAUGAAGGUAUUCUACAAAUGGACUUUGCAGAAAAUUUUAGUUUUAUAAUUCAGGAUGAGUCUGAUAAAAUAAAUCAUGCAUUCUAUUUCAGGUGCUUUUACGUUUCGUCCGAAUUUAUCCAGUCUGAAUCACAGAAACUAAAGGAUCGUUUAAAAGGAAUCCAAUCUGUAAAAGGAAUUCGUUCAUUUCAUCAUAUUAUCCCAUAUUCAAAGUGUACAGUUGCCGCGUUUCCAACAUCUAAAUUUGGUGUUGAUGAUGAAACUGUGUUUCAUCUAGGAGGCAAACAAUGUGGUAAUGACUGUCUUGUUUCAACCAACCGACUAACCAACCAAAAGAACAUGGUUGAGAUAAGUAAUUGGAUAGAAAAUUAUUUACAACAUGACAAUAGUAGAUCACCUCUGCUUGUUAUUGGAACAGCUGGUGCUGGAAAAUCUGCUGUGAUGGCAAAAUGUGCAAGUAACGCUGUACAAAUGGCUGAUAAGAAUGAAAUUUUAGUGCCUGUAGGUUUCACAAAAUGGAAGAUAUUUUAUCACUUUGUUGGUGCAACACAUGGCUCAACUGAUCUUGCAUUUUUUUUACAACGUUUAACAAAAGAAGUAAAACCUGACUUGAAAGAAACAGUUAGUAAUAUUGAAACACUAAUGCAGUUAACUAACAGUUUGCUAACUAAUCCAAAUACAGAACCUGUUAUAUUGUUCAUUGAUGCUGUUAAUCAGUUAGAUGAAGACAAGCAACAGUUCCUUAGUAGAUGGCUUCCUGAUUGUUUAUCACCAACAGUUCGUGUUGUUGUUUCUAUGAUUGAAGGGACACCAAGUCACCAGAUGCUGCGCUCCUUUAAUCCAUCUCCUAUUGAAGUGGUGUGUGGUCCACUUGAUAUGGAAUCAAGAAAGGAAAUUGUUUCAAGCUUAUUAGCAGUUUACAACAAGAAGCUGCAUAGUACUGAACUAGAAACACUUUGUCAGAAAAAAGGCUCAAGUAAUCCUUUAUGGUUAACAUUAGCUUGUGAAGAAUUACGGGAUUUUGGCACAUUUGAAUUAUUAAAAGAUAAAAUUUUUAGUUUGCCAGAUGAUUUGAUUAACUUAGAGACAGAAGUGUUUACUCGUUUUGAAUCAGAAAGUGGUGGUGUACUAAUGAAAGCUACUCUUUGUUUGUUAGAAGUCUCUAGACAUGGUUUGUUAGAAACCGAGUUAUUAGCACUACUUGGUAAUUCAAGUAAUAUACAAUACACAGAGUAUAUUGAGGGAAAAGAAGAUGAAGUUUUGGAUACCCCUAUGGAAAGUAUCCGAUCAGUCAUACCAUUAGAGAUAACAAAAGCUGAACAUCUAGCUGAUAUAUUUUCGAACAAUAAAAAAGAUACAUGUGAUGUUAAAGAAAUAGAAAAUGGAAUAAAUAACAAUACAACUCAAAUCAGGAGGCAAAAAGGCAAGCAAGUAAAUUUUUUGCCUGCUAGAGAUUGGGCUAUUAUCUAUCGAAAUUUAAAACCAUUACUGCGACCAUGUGGUGAUCUUGGAGAAGGGCGGCUAGACUUUUAUCACCGUUCUCUGAGUAAAGCUGUUCGAAAAAAGUAUUUUCAAGGCAGUGAGGGUUUUACAAAGCAUGUUUACAAUUAUUGGCAUGGUGUCCUAGCUAACUACUUUGAGAAUGUCGAUGAUAUGGAUAGAAAAGCAGAGGAGUUACCUUAUCAUUUGGAGAAACUUUCAGAUACUAAUAGAUUGGUUCAAUGUUUGUUGGAAUGGCCAUUAUUUAAUCGUUUAUAUGAUGAGGAAUUUAGUAUAGAUCUGCUUCGAUUUUGGCAAAAGGCGGGUGGUUACUCUGUUGCUGCAAUGAUGUACAAAGAAUCCCUAGAAUUACUUAAAGAUCAACAAAAUAAUAUUACUUGUUUAGGGGAUCAACUAGAAAAAGUUGCAAUUUUUUUAUAAAUGAUAUUGGUCAUAUUGCUGAAGCAAUUAUGACAAAAUCAUAUAUAAAUCCUAGAGAACCUAAAUAUUACAAAGAAAAAAAAGAGCAAUUGAUAAAGUCAUUAGAUUAUGUCUUAACAUUGGAAUUUUCUAUGAAGAUAACAAUCAGUUGAACGAGGCUUACGAUUAUUUUGUUAAAUGGAACAAUGUUACAAUAAAGGUGCUAGGUCUGAAUCACUCAAAAUCUAUCAGAUGUAAGGAAACGUUAGCGGAACCAGCGUAUGUUGCUAUUCGAGAAGAAAGAGAAAGACAAGCUGCUGGAAUGGCAUAAAUACAGCAAUAUUUUUUUUUUCAAUGUUUCCUCUUCUCAACUCCAAGUUCAGUUGAAUUUCUGUUUUUACUGACUGACUAUUAGUAAUAAUCGAAAUGAAGUACUUGAUACUUAAAAGAAUAUAUAUAUAAUAUAUAUAUAUAUAUAUAUAUAUAUAUAUAUAUAUAUAUAUAUAUAUAUAUAUAUAUAUAUCUUCAAAGAACUUUUGUAUUCAACAUUCACGACGCAAUAACAUGACACCACGACACGAUAACAUGACACGACAACUAAUUCUAAUCUGCAAUAAAAAAUAGGCUUUGUUCA